CACACUGAUAAGAAUGACAUUUUUGCUGAAAAGUUGCUCCACAUUUUUUGAAAAAUUUUGUUGUUGUUGUAAGAAAUAUGAAUCUGAAUGGAAUACACAAUUGGAGUCAAUUUCUUUAUUUGCUGCAAGAAGAGGUUUUACUGAUGGAGAGCCUUAUUUAAUUUUAUUUGGAUUAUGCCCAAAUGCAAAUAAAACAUUUAUUGUUUCGGAAAAUAAACUAUCCGAUUCAAACAUUUGCCUCGGUGACUUCCUCGUGGCUUGCUCAGAUUCUCCAAAAAACUUGAAAAACUUCAAAAAAGUUCCAUAUCCACUAGACGUAACAGUUGAAGGUGAUUAUGCUAUUAUAAGUUAUUCGUCAAUGGAAGCUAUCAAGGAUAUUAGUGGAAUAUUGAUUUUUCAAACAACCGAUUUUGGUCCAAUUAGAUCGUUGAAUCAAAAUCUAGAUUUAGAUGAAUACAAUAUUACUGUGCACGCAACAGGCGUAUCUGCAAGCGGACAUGUAAUUGAAUUACGUGCCAAAGCCCAGCCUGCUUCAAACUAUAGAAACAGUUCAGUUUAUGAAAACCCCAGUUUUCUUGAUGAUCUCUCAGAUGAACCCCUGGAAAUCAAGAAAACGAUUUCUAAUAAUUCUCUAGAUGGUUUUUCCAUGGAACAGCUUAUCCAACAACUUCCGACUCUGGAACUUGGUGAAGCCGAAAAUAGCGUACGCGUUCCACAAAACCUUUCUGCUCCACGGCUGAUGAAAGCGUUUGUGUAUUCCGUUCAUCAAUAUCCACAUACUAAAUUUCACUUCCUGUGGAUUUGUGAUAUCAUGGAAAAAUCUAUAUUGAAACUACCACAAUAUGAUUUUGAGUUGGGUUACUUUUUUGAAGGAAUUUUCAAACAGAAGUCAAAUGGAAAAUGGGAAUGCGAGCAGUACAACAAUAAAAUCGAACCAUUAAUUAAUGGAACAGUAGUUAUUAAUGAGUACAACGGUAAUGAAAAAGUGGAACUUACAACUACUGUCACAAACUAUAAACCAAAGAAUAACACAAGAAAAUGGCCAGAAGUUGAAGCAAAGUAUUUAGGAGUUGUAUAUGACAGACACAAUAAACUUCCCAAGAACUGUGAAGGGCAAAAAGUUGAAGUUCAAAUGAUGAAAAUUGAUAAAGAACAAUAUGGAUGGGUUAUAACAGAUAUUUUAAAUGAGUAAAACAACUCCUUUCAAUGAAUAUUACUUUU